GACAAAGUUUUUACUGAUUUGGAUCUGGGAAGGAAGAUAAUGAUGGAGAUGGUGAUACUGAAAUAUUUUCUAAUUCAUUAGCAAAAAAGGAGAAUUUUUAGCAAACACAGGCUAGACAACUUAAACAACGGGUUUUCCUACGGUAUGCCAGAACACCCCACAUAAGCAUGGACAUCCUCCCUUCCCCAAGCACAGCCUCCAGCUCCACUUCCAUCCCCACUCAGCUGUGGGCUCACUGCGGAGCUGCCUCCAGGUCCUUUUGUGGCAGGGCCAUUCCUGGGGCACCCUUGUGCUCAGUGACUGCUCCCUUCCUCAGCAGCAGCAGCAGCUGUGGACACUCGAUGUCUGCCCAGCAAUUGGGGUUACGCACCCCUGUGCUCACCCUGGGACCUGUCCAUUGCUCGGCUGGCUCUGGUCCUUGUGACGGGGGCAUGAUCAGCAACCACGACCAGUUGAGGGGAUCACACACAUCAAAGAUGAAUGGUGCCUCCGAGUGCCCCAUCACGGUCUUGUUCAUCAGCUCUUCAUGCUACUUGUUGGGGUGCUGACUCCCCCUCCCUGCUGCUGGCUGAGUGGUGGUGGGGGCAGCUCCUACAGGAGCUCUUCAUGGUGCGCUCCUCUUGCUGUGCUCCCCAUCCACCCCCCGCAGCACAACCGCCUGGGGCUGGGCUCGGCCCCGGCCUGCUGCCGGAGAGGGUGGCUGGGCUGUCCCCGGUACCGGAGCCGGGGCUCCGGGGCGGGCCCCGGGCUCUGGCUUCGCACGGGCAGCGCUGGGCCGGGGCUGUGGCGGAGGCCGCGGGGGGCACAGCGGGGCCGCCCCGCUGGCUUUGCCCGCUAGAGGGCAAGAGAGCCCCGCACAAGCGCGGCGGGGCGGCUGCCCCUGCCCCGCAGCCCUCGGCGCCCGCCUCGCCCGGCCCGGCUACUGCCCCGCUCCCGCCACCGCGGGGUUCCGGCGCCGCGGCCCCGCGGGGAGCCGCCCCGGGAUGGCUGCUGCUGCAGCGGGCAGCUCGGCGCGGCCCCGCCGCCCGCUCCUUGGGCCAGGAGUCCCCGCGGAAGUGUCUCCUGGGGGCGGCGAGAGCCAGCGGGCCUGAGGCCUUCAUCUGGGCGCCGGGCAAUGGCGGAGGAAAUGUCCUGGACGGCCACGACGCCGUGGAUGGAGCGGUAAUCACUUCCAUCGGGAAAGCUGGCGAGGCCUUUGGCCGUUCCAGAAAGCAGGCAUGGAGCCAUCGUGGAGCUGGCAUGGGCCAUCGCCUUCUCCAUCAGGGCGAGGGCACACCAGGCCGCUGCGCCUGCCGCAGCACACGCAGAGUGGUAAGUGGGGGCACGCACCCAGCUCCUGCCGAGCUGGGCAAGCCGAGAGGCACCUUCUCCCUGCCCCCAGGGAGGUGACGACGCUGGUGGCUGGCUGCAGCUCCGGUCUAGCGCUGGUAAGUGGCAUCCAGCUGACGGUCUGGGUAUGUGCCUUGGUUGGUGUAAGAAUGCCACCUCAUCUUUCAGAUAGCGAGCUAUCUACAAAGGAAGUGUAUCAGGCAAAGGAAGAACCUCAGGGACACCCUGCAGCCUGCUGGCAAACCCUGCUGAGUCUGCAGUCGCAAAUCAGCACCGGCAGUAUGGGAGCACCAAGAAGGCAGAAACCUCUUUGAUUAGACACUGCGUGGCUCGGGCAGGAAAGGUGCACAAGGCAAAAGGCGGGCAGUGGCAGACCUGAUCUCACAUCAAUGGCACUUUGGCUUUUGAACUGGAGGGACUUGCAACAUCAUGGACAAUCAAUUCAUUACUAAAACCAGCAGAUAGCAGCUAUGUACAAAUACACACAUGGGAGAAAUUUUAAACAUAUUUGGCAGCUUUCACACUUACAUCACCCUGUCUACCUUCAAGUAUCACCAACAAGGACACGCAUUCCAAAAGACUGUAUCAACACCUGUGUCAAUGCGCUCAACUGUACCUGGCAUCAUUAUUAUUACUUUUAUACUUAAGAUAUCUUAGAACAUGUAACCUGAUAACUCCCACCCUAGGACGGUAAUAAAGAUCAUAUUCUGCCA